CUCAUUGGUGAAUGAGGACUCUCAUUCUACAUUAUAGUUCUGCGAUUCAAAGUCAUUGCAACAAACAAGGACACCUUACCAGUCUGCAUUGUGCAGUGGACAUUAUUCAUACAUUUCUGUUCCGGACCAUGGUCCUUCAUAGUGGCUGCAGCAUGAGCAUCCCUGCUGGUGUGAGUAUUGAGAGCCAACUGCCUGCCUCCUGGGGCCCCCACUACAACAGCCCAGACGUGUCCAUGGUGUCGUCGGGUUAUACCAGUCGUCUCUGGUCCCAGGACCUCCACCCACAGUACUGGUCCAAAUAUCAGGUGUGGGAGUGGCUUCAGCAGACCCUGGAUGUGCACCAGAUUGAUGCCACAUCAAUCCCAUUUAGUAACUUUGACCUGGAUGGAAGGCAGCUGUGUAGCAUGAGCUAUCAGGACUUUAAUCACUUGGCUGGAUCUGUUGGUCCAGUCCUCUACCAGAGUCUGACUGAUCUCAAAUGGAGCAGUCAGUAUGGCCCCUCAAUGGAUAUGUUUACACCAGGGGAUAUUAAAACAGAAUUAGAUGAUCUUCCGUGCUCAAUCUUGCCCUACAAAGAAGAGCCCAGUUUCUACACCACUUCAGAGCAUUUUGACGUUAAAACCCCAUUUCCACUGUCGACAGUGAUGACUUCACCAGGUCCCUGUAGUCCAGACACUAAAAGACCCCACAUCCGCUCACACCAAGUGAAAAAACACAAUCCCCGUGGGACCCAUCUGUGGGAAUUCAUACGGGAUAUUUUGCUGAACCCAGAGAGAAACCCAGGCUUGAUUAAAUGGGAGAACAGAUCAGAGGGUGUUUUUCGUUUUCUGAAGUCUGAGGCCGUAGCACAGCUAUGGGGAAGGAAGAAGAACAACAGUAGCAUGACCUAUGAGAAGCUCAGUCGAGCAAUGAGGUAUUACUACAAACGAGAGAUUUUAGAACGUGUAGACGGACGCAGGCUGGUUUACAAGUUUGGAAGGAACGCACGUGGAUGGAGAGAAACAGAGAAGUGAAGAAGUUGACCAAAUUUUUUUUUUUUGGAUUUCCUAUAUUUCUUUUCAAAAGGAAAUUUAACACCUCUUAUUUAUAACAUUCUGACCUUUUACAAUAUGUUGUUUUACUAUAAGGAAUGUGAUGCCUUUUUUUUAUGUUGUAGUUAUUUAUGUUUUUUUGUUUAUUUGUUUGUCUCAACCUGAAAAAAAUUUACCUGAAACCGAUCUGUGAACCAAUAGUGCUUAGCAGAACACAGAACAAUUCUCUAUAGUACUAUAUACAGGCUUUUUUUUUGUUUAUGAAACUUUGUAUCCAGAUACUUUUACAUCACUAAUUGCAGAAAACGCAUUUCACUGGAAGAUCCUGGACACCUAGACUGCUAGUUUGCGCAAUGAUUCUACUUGGAGGAACUUUAUAAACACACUUAUUCAUAGUGAGCGUACACCCACGCUAUUAAUUCCGUCUAAACCUGACAAUCUUGUUUUUGAACAGGUGAAGAAACACUACUGCUACAUUUAGCACUUGUUUUCCAACUGCAUCUAGACAACUUUGAAUUCCUAAUGCAUAGCUGAAAAAAAUAUUAAAUACUGUAUAUUUUUUUUAAACAGUUCCUCUACCAACAUUGUCAAAAGCAUCUUUUUUUAUACUGCCUCUUACUAUGGCACUUACUGUUGGUGAGAUUUUGUUACAUUUAUUGUGAACUACAAAGGCUGGAAAGUUUACUGUAUAGUCUAUACAGUGUUUCAACUGUCUUUGAAGAGCAAAUGAUGUAUAUGUACAGUACAUUUGUAAUCUGUAUGCUUCAUUAAAAAAAUUGUUAAACUCA